AUGCUGUCUGUGGAGCAGUGGAAGGAGUCGGUUCCGACCCUCGUGGUCCUCGGCAGCUGGUCUGUCGCGAUCAUCCUGGUCGAGAUCCUCAUGGCCUGGUAUGACGGCGGGUCUGCUCCGAAGAGGAGUGGCAAGCGGGGCGUGGAAGCGAAGGCGCAGGGCGGAGCCGAUGCCGCCGUGGUCGUUGCCUCGGGCCGCGGGCCGCUAGAGGCCGACUCCGCGACCACCGUGUACGAGCGCCUCGGCGACCCCGGCGAGGCGGACAAGAUCAUCGCCGCGAUCGUGACCUCGUUCUACAAGCGCCUGCGCCGCAACCCCCAGAUUUCGCCCUUUUUCAGGAGCACCGUCCACAACCGCCACGAGACGCGCCUGCGCGAAUUCGUCCGGUUCGCCUUCGGCGCCCCGGGCAGCGAGGGGUACCUCGGCCGCGGCCUCAACGCGGCGCACCGCAACCUCCGCGAGAACGACGGCAUGCAGGACGUGCACUUCGACCUGGUGGUGGGGGAGUUUAAGAGCGCCAUGGAGGACCACAACGUCUCACGUGCGAUCAUCACGACCGUCGGGGACCUCCUGGAGACCCUCCGCGACCAGGUCAUGGGGCGCGCGCCCGACCCCAGGCCCGUCCCGAGCCACCACGCGGCGCGCAGCGAGCACGGCAGCGCGGCGGGGUCGGGGCACGGGACGGGGAACCAGCAGGCGUGGAAGGUGCUGCCGAACCGGCGCGCGAAGCACUUCACCCGGGCUGACUCCGGGACCGCGCCGCUCCAGUCCCGCGGGGGGGCUCCCAAGGAGGAGGAGCAGAAGACCUUGUACGACAAGCUCGGGGGCGAGGGGACGGCGGAGAAGGCCAUCGCGGAGGUGUCGACGAAGUUCCUCGACCGGCUGCUGGAGGACCCCACGCUGACCAAGUUCUUUGAGAACGUCGACAUGGACCGCGUGAACAAGCACUUCACGCUGUUCGUGACGCACGCGUUCGGCGGGCCCAACGUGUACGCCACCUCGCUCUACCGCAUCCACAAGCCCAUCCGCGAGAACCUCGGCCUGAACGAGACGCACUUCAACCUGGUCGCGGGGCACCUGGAGACCACCGUGCGCGAGGACUUCCAGAUGAGCGACGGCCUCGUCAAGGAAAUCAUGGCCGUGAUCGAAACCGCGCGCCCGCGCAUCCUGGGCCACGUCAAGGACGAGUGA